CUGCUUCCAUUUCUUUUUACACACAACGUUCCAAUCGAAACCAAAACCUGCAACUAAUCUCUCAAUCUCACAACAACACACACUAACUCUGUGUUUUUACACCAAAAAUGUCCAGUCGCCAUGACAAAGGAGUCAAUGUUCAGGUCCUCCUUCGUUGCAGGCCGUUUAGUGACGAUGAGCUGAGGAACAACGCUCCGCAUGUAGUGACUUGUAAUGACCAGCAGAGAGAAGUUGCGGUUUCGCAGAGUAUUGCCGGAAAGCAAAUCGAUAGGGUUUUUACGUUUGAUAAGGUUUUUGGACCUAGAUCUCUUCAAAAAGAUUUAUAUGAGCAAGCAGUCAUUCCCAUUGUAAAAGAAGUGUUAGAAGGAUUUAACUGUACGAUAUUUGCGUACGGACAGACAGGAACGGGGAAAACAUACACCAUGGAAGGUGAUUGCAAAAGGUCAAAGAGCGGGCCGAAAGGCGAGUUACCUUCCGGAGCAGGAGUAAUCCCUCGAGCCGUCAAACAAAUUUUUGAUACUUUAGAACACCAAAACGCAGAGUAUAGCGUUAAAGUAACUUUCUUGGAGCUAUAUAACGAAGAGAUCACCGAUUUACUUGCUCCGGAAGAAAUCACUCGGGUUGUCGAAGAAAAACAGAAAAAGCUUUUGCCGCUUAUGGAAGACGGUAAAGGUGGAGUUCUUGUAAAGGGAUUAGAAGAAGAGAUCGUGACGAGUGCUAGCGAAAUUUUUUCUUUGUUGGAAAGAGGGUCUGCGAAACGUAAAACUGCAGAAACCUUGUUAAACAAGCAAUCAAGUCGGUCACAUUCGUUGUUUUCUAUAACUAUCCAUAUCAAAGAGGCUACACCGGAAGGUGAAGAACUGAUCAAAUGUGGCAAACUGAAUCUGGUUGAUUUAGCUGGUUCCGAAAAUAUUUCUCGAUCUGGAGCCAGGGAGGGGCGUGCAAGAGAAGCCGGAGAAAUAAACAAAAGUUUACUUACUCUAGGACGAGUAAUAACAGCGCUAGUUGAGCAUCUUGGGCACAUCCCUUAUAGAGAUAGCAAGUUGACUCGUCUACUACGUGAUUCAUUGGGUGGACGGACCAAAACGUGUAUUAUUGCUACCGUAUCUCCUGCUGUUCAUUGUCUUGAAGAGACUUUGAGCACAUUGGACUAUGCUCAUAGGGCAAAAAAUAUCAGGAACAAACCGGAGGUAAAUCAGAAGAUGAUGAAAACAACUCUUAUCAAAGAUCUGUAUGGUGAAAUUGAAAGACUCAAAGCUGAGGUUUAUGCCACACGUGAGAAAAAUGGCGUUUAUAUACCAAAAGACCGAUAUUAUCAAGAGGAGUUGGAACGCAAGUCAAUGGCAGAUCGAAUUGAACAAAUGGAAGCUAAGAUAGAAAACCAACAAGAGCAAUUUAACGAGCUGCAAACUAAUUACAAUGCGCGUGUUCAAGAGUGUUCCAAUUUGACCAUCAAGCUUAAUUCUACUCAGAAUAAGCUUGAUGAAACCAGCAAGGAGUUGUCGAACGCUCAGGAAGAAGUAAAAAGAUGUCAGUAUACGAUUAAGGAGCGGGAAUUUAUAAUACGUGAACAGAAAAAAGCAGAAAAUGCACUCGCAAAUCAAGCUUGUGUCCUGCGGUCUAAAUUAGAAAGAUCCUAUAAGGACAAUGCUUCGUUGUUUAUGAAGAUCGCAAGAGAAGAUAAAAUGAACGCUGAAAACCGAUCCGUUGUGAAUAAGUUUGAAUCUGAGCUCAAAAAAGACGUUAAAUCUCUAUGCAACACUGUCGCGACUUCAAUGUCUCAACAAAAUGAACAACUUGAAUGCAUCGAGAAGUUUUGUCACACUUUCAUUAACCUUAAUGAUAAGGCCAUGAUUGACUUGAAAAAGAAAGUUAAUGGUUCGAGAGCGUUGUAUGUUUCUCACAUUGAGGAACUGCAAAACGUUGUACUUUUGCACAAAGCAAACUCUAAUGCGAACUUAGAGGACGUUAAAUCUUCGGUUUCUUCCAACGCCGGUUCUAUUGAAGAACUACUAACCGAAGAAGCUACCAAAGGAAUUUCGAUUUUUAACGAGCUACAAUCCUCUUUAUCAACUCAACAAGGAGAAAUGGCACAUUUUGCUAGAGAGCUUCGACAGAGAUUUAGUGUCAGUGUUGAACAUUCAGUUGAUAUAUCCAAGUACAUUAAUGAAUUCUUCGAUAUGCUGAUGAAAGAAUCCAAAGAGCUAGCGAGUCACGCUGUUCAAGUCGAUGGGAAACAAACAAACAACAUUGAUGAAUUUAAGAAGGCAUACGCGGAACACUCAAAAUCCGAUGCACAAAAACUCAUCGCUGAAGUUACAAGUUUGGUCUCUAACCAUAUUUGUCGUCAAAAAGAGAUGGUGGAUGCUCGGCUCGCAACUAUCAGAGAAACGGCUGCAGGAGGCAAGAAGGUUUUGGAACAACACGUGUCAUCUGUUGACAGAAUCACAUCGAAUGCCAAAAGAAAAUGGCAAGAUUUCUAUAUGCAAGCGGAAAACGAUGCUAAAGAGAAUGCAGUUUUUGCUGCUGCAAAACACUGCCGUUUCGAGUCGGUGUUACAGAAAACUGUUGAUGCUACUGAAUCGGCUCUAAACCAUUCGAAAACAACACAUGACUCGGUGAUUGAAAUGGGAAAACAACAUCUCACAGCAGUGGACACCCUUAUCAGGAGCGCGUUAGAUAGUAACGAUCAGCAUGAUCAUGAGUUUAAUUCUUUAAGGGUGACCGCUAAAGAUGACGUGUUGAAGACUAGUGAAGAUAUAUCAAAGCACACAGACAGUACAUCAGAACAGGAAAGAAAUGUCAUUUCUUCGAUACAGGAAACAACAAAAUCUCAUAUUAAAAAUCUUGAGAGCUUACGUGAAGGCCAUGCAACUCAAUCUUCCGUAAUAGAGCAGAAGGCUCAUGAUACAUUCCACGACAAAUACAUGGAUUAUGAGCCAUCUGGAAACACUCCUAUAAGAAAUGAUAAGGAUGUUCCAAGUAAAGGGAGCAUAGAAUCACUUAGAGCAAUGCCAAUGGAGAGUUUAUCAGAAGAAUUCCGAGAAAAUAACUCGUUCGAAUCGUUUACAGGGAACGAGUCAAAGAUUUGUUCUACUCCACGGCCACCGUUGGCACAAAUCAACUAAUAACGCUGUUGUUUCGGUUCAAAGGAAAACUUCAUGUACAGAAUUCUGUGUCGUAUUGUUCCUGUCUGUAUAUGAUCGAUCAAUGGCGGAUGGAUCACCUCUGAACAAAUCCCUGCUUGGGAUUUUUGGUUAACCAUUUGUUUACUCCUUUGAAAAAUCAUUUAAUCCGGUUUUGUAAUAUUAAUGAUUGGAUAGUAAGAGCUUCAUAUUUGUUAAGAGGUCAAAUAGUUUCAGAUGAAAACAAGUUGUGGUGUUGUUCAAGCUUUGUAUUAGUUGGCACAUGAUUGUUAUGAAGUGUGACAGUUACAUUUA